GUUCUCGGCUUGGGCACACCCCUCCCUCCUGUUACCUUUCCCCCAGGGGCCCGAAGAGACGCAGCCUCCUUGCUGGGCCUGGGCCUCGCGGCUGGCUCCCCUAACCCGCCUCUCCCGCCUCCCUGGCCCCCUCGGCCACCUGUUCCAGGGCAGAGCAGACUCGGGCUCCCCAGCGGCCUCUCGCUUUCAGAAGGCAGACAUGGCAGCGGCGUCCUCCCAGCGCAAGAGGGCGAGUCCCAAGCCGGAGCUGACCAAGGAGCAGAUCCAGGAGAUCCGGCAGGCGUUCGACCUCUUCGACACGGACGCAACGGGGACCAUUGACGUCAAGGAGCUGAAGGUGGCGAUGAGAGCCCUGGGCUUUGAACCCAAGAAAGAAGAGAUUAAGAAAAUGAUCGGUGACAUCGACAAGGAGGGGACCGGGAAGAUGAACUUCAACGACUUCCUGACGGUGAUGACGCAAAAAAUGUGCGAGAAGGACACCAAAGAAGAAAUCCUGAAGGCCUUCAAGCUCUUCGACGACGACGAGACGGGGACCAUAUCGUUCAACAACCUCAAGCGCGUGGCCAAGGAGCUGGGCGAGAACCUCACCGACGAGGAGCUGCAGGAAAUGAUCGACGAGGCCGACCGGGACGGCGACGGGGUGGUCAACGAGCAGGAGUUCCUGCGCAUCAUGAAGAAGACCAGCCUUUACUGAGCCUCCUCUUCUCUUCUCUCCUGCUGCAAGCACAGCCUCCGUGCCUGCUGUUGUGCGAAACCUGGUUUUUGAGAAGCACAAAUGUUUUUCCCCACUAACCUCCCUGUACAACUUAGUAACAACCUCACACCCAUUUUCAACUUUUGUUGCAACUGUUCUCUGAAAAAGUUCUUUGUGAGGUGACCUGCUGCUUCCGUUAAUUCUCCAGAAAAGAACAGAGCACAUGGGAGCGCUCGCCCACCCGCCAUUCUCCCUUGUGUUGCUUCGCUCUGGCGUGCGGCCCCGCCUUUACGGCGCCACAGGAGGACUCCGCAGGCAGACGCACGGUGUAACUCUGUCACCACAAACAGCAGGCAUCUCUGCGGCGGUUCUG